AUGGCAAAUAGUCGCCUGGGAGACAAAUCAUCGACAAUCAAGCGCAGACGUAUAACACAAGCGUGUGACUACUGCCAUCAACGAAGCAUCAGAUGUCGCCCAUCAAGUGAUAACCAGGGAUGUCAAAACUGCAAAGACUUUGCCCAAGAAUGCACAUAUCACCGAAGGCCCCAACGACGCGGGACAAAGCCACGGGCUGAAUCCACAGAUCAUAGCGACCAGCUGAUAGAGGUUGAAUCCCGAUGUUCUGGUAGUAGCCCCGCCGGUAUAGUACCAGAAAGUGGUAACGUAUCGCAGGACAGAAGAUGUAUACCUGAACAGCAGGCGAUUAUCAACGAAGUCGACGAAUGGAAGGCACCGUAUAUUGCCAGUCAAGCCAGCAUCAUGGACCUGGUUGAGAUCUUUUUUGAAGUUGUAUACCCAAUAUUUCCCUUCUUUCACCAGCCAACGUUCAUUCGUCAGGUCUCUCGAGCUGAGUAUACGAGCGAGAGAUCUACAUUCUCCGUCACAAUGGCCCUUUGUGCUCUGGUCAGUGGUCGCAUAAGAGAUGGAUCAGUAACAAAUCCCAAAUGGGACCUUGAGCCGUUACAUAAGAUACCGCCGGAAAUAUACUAUGAUGAGGCCAAGAAGCAGCUCUUGAAUAUCACAGCAGAGUCUGGCAUUAACGUCCUGCGAGCGCAUGCGAUUCUUGCCGUAGCGGCCAUCCAGAACGGGAAAAUACGGGACAUGCAUCAGCAUCUUGGUGCCUAUCAUACGUUGGUGGCAAUGGACGGAUUACAUGACGAGGCAAAUUGGCCAGCUGGUAUUGGAUUUGUGGAGCGGGAGGAGCGCAGAAGACUGUUUUGGUCCAUCUACACAUUAGAUAUCUAUUCGUCAGUUGUCUGGGGCGGCAUCAUUCGAUGCAGCGAGCGACAAUCCCAUGUCUUAUAUCCAUCAGAAGUCAUCGACGACGAAAUGAUAAAUGAUGAUGGAACGACGUCUGAAUAUCCAGUACCUAUAGAGACCAGUGGCCGUCGUGGGGACUGCUGGCUAUCGGGAUGGAACUUUAUCACUGAUUUGUAUCGCGUUCUUGAACACGUUUUGACGAGAUUUCGGGGGUACCGCAGAAGUGUCACAACAAACUCUUUCUUGGUGGAUAUGUUUGAAGAUGACUUCACUGUCACCAAAUCGUCAGUGAGUGAAAAGUUGUCUCGCAUGUACCUUGAUCUGCCCUACUGUUUCAAAGAAACACCACCAAUGACGUACAACGCCAAGAAAGAUCGAUUUGGAUAUCAAGCCGCCAACAUAACCGCGACAUUCCAACUGUUACGCAUUGUGUUAUUCGCUGCCAGCGGGAGCAGCAUUGAGGAUCGUUGUCAAAUCGCCAAUCAAGUUGUCGAGGCCUUCGCCUCGAUCCCAAUCGCGUAUCUGCUUGCCAUAAGCACUCCGCUUUUACAUCACAUUGGAGGCAUCGGGACGAUUCUGGGAAAUGUUUUAGAUGAGCCUCUUGGUGAAGCCGAUUAUACUCGUGUACGAAGGGUGAUGCUUUCUAUGGCUCAGCUUCUGGAAAAUCUGGAGGUGAUUCACCGUAGCACCAGCGCGAGUGCGAAGAUCCGAUCCCAAGUUUCUCGGAUUGAUGAGUAUAUGCACAGACAACAACAGAUUAUACCUCCGGCCGCCACUGUCGGAGCCCUUGAAGCGAUGACAGGAGUGUCAAUGCCGGAAGGACGAGAGACUCAAAACUUUCCUGACGUCAUUCCAGAUAUUUCAAUGGACUGGAUACUGCCGGAGAACGGAGAGCUUCUUGGAGAUUUGGCAUGGAAUUUUAAUCUAGAUUAA